AUGGAUCUCUUCGCCCCAGCACCAGAGCCAAAGACGGAAUUGGGACGAUACCGAACCCUAUCCAGUCGCGCAGGUAUCAAAUGCUCUCCGCUUCAAUUGGGUGCGAUGUCUAUCGGUGAUGCUUGGCAAGGAUUCAUGGGUUCCAUGUCGAGAGAGGCGUCGUUCAAGCUGCUUGACGCCUACUACGAUGCAGGUGGCAAUUUCAUUGACACUGCCAACAACUAUCAGAAUGAGCAGUCCGAGACGUGGCUCGGAGAGUGGAUGGAGGAGAGGCAGAACCGCGACUACAUUGUCAUGGCUACCAAGUUCACAACCCCCUACACGACCUACCGGACAGGCAAAGGUCUGGGAUCCGUGAACUUCACUGGCAACAACAAGCGCUCUCUCCACGUCUCCCUCCGUGACAGCUUGAAGAAGCUGCGCACAGAUUGGAUCGACAUCCUCUACGUCCAUUGGUGGGAUUGGACCACUUCCGUCGAAGAGCUCAUGGACUCCCUCGAUGAAGUCGUCAAGCAGGGUAAAGUCCUUUACCUUGGCAUCAGCGAUACUCCAGCCUACAUCGUCUCCGCCUGCAACAUGUACGCCAUUUCCCACGGCAAAACGCCAUUCUGCAUCUACCAAGGCCGGUGGAACGUCAUGACCCGCGACAUGGAGCGUGAGAUCAUCCCCAUGUGCCGUCACUUUGGCAUGGCCAUCGCCCCAUGGGACGCAUUAGGAGGUGGCAAGUUCCAGACGAAGGCCGCCAUCGAGGAGCGUAAGAAGAACAACGAGGGCUUACGGUCAAUGAUGGGCAAUAGCGACCAAAACGAACAAGAGGUGAAGAUGAGCGCUGCUCUGGAAGAAGUGGCUCAGGAACACGGCAUUAAGAGCGUCACAGCCAUUGCUCUCGCCUACGUGAUGAGCAAGGCGCCAUACGUCUUCCCUAUCGUCGGUGGCAGGAAGGUGGAGCAUCUACAGGACAACAUCCAAUCGCUCAAGAUCAAGCUGAGCGACCAGCAAAUCGAGAAGCUGGAGGCCGUUGUACCCUUCGUGCCAGGCUUCCCGAACAAUUUCGUUGGCGAGGAUCCUCACAUCACCGGCAAGGCUGGCUUCAUCAUGGGCGGCGCGGCGCCUUUGGCUUUUGUAAAGUCUGGGAAGCCGAUUGGGCAUGAGUAA